UCUCGCACCGAUUUCUUGCUUGGUAGACCGGCAAAGGGUUUUGGAGCGGCUCGCAAACCAUUGAGAAGGCGGAGACAGCGGGCGGCGGUCUACAGAAAUGGCGGAGGACGCAAUUCUAGGGUUUCUUCAGACCAACGACGAGAUAGCCGACUCGCAUCAGUUCUCUGCUAGCAUCGGGGUCGACCACACCGAACUCGAGAACGUCAUCAAGCGGCUCCAUGGCUUCGAGAUCGUCGAGGCCAAGGAUUUUAAGAAGGAUAAUUAUCUCGUCAGCGAAGAGGGGAAACAGUAUGCACUUGAAGGAUCGCCGGAGGUUAACUUCUUCUUAGCUGUACCCGUAGAAGGGAUCUCGUUGGCAAAUCUUAAGGCAAAAUUGGAUUCCAAGGUUUUCAGUAUAGGCUCAUCCUGGGCUAAAAAGAAUGGCUGGAUUGAGAUUGCCAAAGGGUCUGUCACAAGAAAGGUUGAAAAUGUGGAGGACAAAGUCAAGGAUUUGCUUAAAAGAAUUGAAGAGGGAAAGGUUGUUGAUGGGAAUGAUGUUGCAGAUCUGUCAAAAAGAAAGCUUAUUGUCAAACAGACAUGGAGGGGUUACACACUGAGAAAAGGUUCCAAGUAUGUUUCAAAGAGGAAAAAGGCCGCGACUGAUUUGACUAGAGAACAUCUGCAAAGGGGUGAUUGGAAAGAUUUAGAGUUCAAAGAGUAUAAUCUUAAUGCUCAAGGGCAACCAAUCCAAAUUGGCCAUCUGCAACCUUUGCUUGAGGUCCGUGAGGAAAUUCAAAAUAUCUUCCUCCAAAUGGGUUUUGAGGAGAUGCCAACAAAUAACUUUGUUGAAAGCAGCUUUUGGAAUUUCGAUGCUUUAUUCCAGCCACAACAGCAUCCUGCUCGUGAUUCACAUGAUACCUUCUUUCUUAAAGCUCCUUCUACCACGAGAUAUUUACCUGAAGAUUAUGUUGAGAGAGUAAAGUGUGUUCAUGAAUCUGGUGGAUAUGGAUCUAAAGGCUAUGGAUAUGAUUGGAAAAGGGAAGAAGCUGAAAAAAACUUGCUUCGAACGCACACAACUGCAGUUUCUACAAGAAUGCUUUACAUGCUUGCCCAGCAGAGACCUUUUAUGCCCAAGAGAUACUACUCUAUAGAUCGUGUUUUUCGCAAUGAAGCUGUAGAUCGAACUCAUCUUGCAGAGUUCCAUCAGAUAGAAGGACUCAUUUGUGAUCAUGGCCUCACCCUUGGUGAUCUCAUUGGAGUCUUGGAGGACUUCUUUGCUCGUCUUGGAAUGUCAAAGCUACGUUUCAAACCUGCUUACAAUCCGUACACUGAACCAAGCAUGGAAAUCUUUAGUUACCAUGAAGGUUUAAAGAAAUGGGUGGAGGUCGGGAACUCUGGCAUGUUCAGGCCUGAAAUGCUGCUUCCAAUGGGGCUUCCUGAAGAUGUUAAUGUUAUUGCAUGGGGUCUUUCCCUUGAGAGGCCCACAAUGAUUUUGUACGGAAUUGACAAUAUUCGAGAUCUCUUUGGACCAAAGGUUGAUUUCAAUCUCAUAAAGAGCAACCCUCUAUGCCGCUUGGGUCUGCAGUAGGUCAGACGUGCAGUUUGUGGCACAGCAGCGUUAUCCACAAAUGAUAAAUUUUAUUUUGUACCAAGUGAUGUACACUGUAUAAUCUAAUUUUUGCUGAUGUGGAAGAUUAAUUUUUGAUGUUAAAAUUUAAAUUCCUUUAUUUGGUGAAAUCCAAAGCCUCAGUUGCAACUUUCCAUGAUUA